CAACAAUCCAAACGUUCGCCCACCGCGAUCGGCAGGCGACGCUGGCGGAGGCCCCGCCCCCUGGGCACUUAAGGCCCCUCCCCCCGGUGUCCGUGUGCGGCCGGCGCAGUAAGUUUGCGGCGCAUGCGCACUCUCGCCCCUCUUUUCCUUGGAAGCAGCCCCGAAGCGUCUCACCAUGUCAGAACCCGAUCUGGAAUUCGCCAAAGUGGAGUCGGGCGCGUCGGCCACGUACCCGAUGCAGUGCUCGGCCCUGCGCAAGAACGGCUUCGUGGUUCUCAAGGGGCGCCCCUGCAAGAUCGUGGAGAUGUCCACCUCCAAGACCGGCAAGCACGGCCACGCCAAGGUCAACCUGACCGGCAUCGACAUCUUUACCCAGAAGAAGUAUGAAGACAUGUGCCCCUCCACCCACAACAUGGAUGUGCCCUCCAUCAAGAGGCUCGACUAUCAGCUGCUCAACAUCACCGACAACUUCAUGUGCUUGAUGGCCGACAACGGCGACAUCCGCGAGGACCUCCGCGUUCCCGACAGCGAGGUCGGCAAGGAAAUCGAGUCAAAGUUUGAGGCCGGCGACGAGUUUCUGGUCACCGUGAUGUCCGCCAUGGGGGAGGAGUGCGCCGUGGCGACCAAGGUCCUGACCAACAAAUAAGCGGACGGACUUUGCAGCCCCGGCGACGAGCACCGCCCACAACCAGUCUUGCAUUCUCAUUGGUUCUUCUGUCACCAAAGCGUCGGCCUUCACUGACAACCUCAAAUCAUCUUUUGUCACUUCUCGAUUGUUUUUUUUUUUUUUUUCCUUUUCUUGCUCCCAUUUUGCUUUCUGUCAUCGCCGCGGGAGUAUUCGGUCGGGAUCGACUCGCCGCCCGAUCGCGUCGACUUUCUAGAAAACGACUGGAGGGGGGGAAAAAAAAAAUCUGCUCGCGGCUUGCGCUUGUUUUGGCCUUCACAGUGUUGCUCACGUUCCUGAAUGUUGAAAUAACAACAAUGGGAUUCAGCUUUUUGUUUUAAUUUUUUGUCUGUUCGUAUUCUCUCGGUUGCCAUCUUUUCGGGCGAGGCGAGGGGUCGCUAGAUAAUAAGGUCCGCUCGGGGGCGCCCCCGUAGCGGCGAGCUUGUCCGUCAAUGGCAUGUUGGGGACGGCAGCGGGCGCUUGAGACUCACCCCAAAUUCCCAAACCAGGAAGUCCCGUCCCCCCCCCCAACCCCCCUACAAAAUUUUGGUAGUCGCGCGCAAGUGAUUUCUGUCCCCUCCCCUCAACCAACGGGGCCGGCCGGCCGUCCGUCCGUCAGUCAGUCAGUCGUCCCCGGCCAUCCUCCCAAUACUAAACGAGUGUCGUUUUUCUUUUCUUGCUUUUUUUUUUUUUUUUUUUGACCGAUCCAAGAGGCGCAGGCGGAAUGCAGUGUGAGCUUGGCCCACGCGGAGGCGCUUUGCAGUGAGCUUUCUGUUUGAGGGACUCAAAUGGGGUUUGGGGAGGGUGGCGGCCGCAAACUUUUUGUUCACUCGAGGCCUUUGUCACCUGACUGGAGAUGGCUGAAAAUAAAACCUUGAAACAAAUGGA